AGUGCAAAUGACAGCAACGCGCGUCCGGAAGCCUGAGGAAGUCGCCUCCGGGAAUAUCAGUGAAACGGGCUAUUUCCGAGCUUCUGCCCCCGUGAAAAUGGGUGGAGAGUCGAAAGCAGAGUACAUCAUAGAGCAGCUAAAUGUGAGUAAUGCGAAGAAGAUCGCCCUGCUGAUGGUGCUGGCCUUCAUUGGCUACCACGGACUGAUUCACUUGCGCUAUGGCACGGACUCGUGCAAGUGGCUGCUGUCGAAUGGGCGGUUCAAGGGGGACAAGGAGUGGCAGCCGUACGGAUGCAUGAUGCACAGAUACUCGCAGCAGGACACCCGGCGAUGUUUCCGCUAUCUCGCCUUCUGGGGCAAUGAGAAUCACUUCGUCUUCAUCGGCGACACGCGCCUCCGGAUGCUCUACGAGGCUCUGAUCAAUCAUCUCCAUCCCAACGAUGAUGACAAUGGUUCGCUGGCCGAUUCGCCGGCACCGUCAAAUCUGGAAUUUCUGGAUCUGAAGCUGAAACUCCGCGUGAAUUACGUGCACGCGUCGGAUGUGACGCGAGGCGUGGCGGAGGAGUUCACAGCGUGGCGCAAAGAUGAGGAUCCGCCCUCGUUAAUCGUGGCGAGCUGCACGUACGCUAACUUCCUGGCCGGCAACACGACUGCAGAUCUCCUGAGGAGCUUCUCGCUGAAUCUCACGCACCUCGUGCGCCCAAUGGAAGAUGUGCUGGCGAAGAAAGUGCGGCUGCUGUGGAAACUUCAAGAUCCCAUUGUGGAGGACAAAGCGCCCCGGGAGUGGCGAAGCCUCACGAACGACGACAUCGAUGGCUUGAAUAGAGCCACACAGGGCGUCCUCAAGUACUCAACUGUGCCUAUUUGGGCGUCCUCACGACUCAUUGCGCAGGGCCUGCUUGACGAGGCGGUGGCGGGAGUGCACCUGGGCCCCCUGGCGCUCCGCCACGACGUGCAGAUCCUGCUGAACAUGUACUGCAACGACUACAUGAACUUCAACGACGGCACGUGCUGCAGCAGCGCCGAGCCCUACACCAUCCUCCAGGUCGUCACGUACGCCAUCCUGGGCGUGUGCGUGGCCCUCUCUGUGGCCAUGCUGCUGCGCCGCUGGACUCUGAAGCUACGCGGCCAGACGCUCUACGCGCCGCUCAACCACACGGCGGACGCCACGUCGCCGAUCCAAGCUCUGGCGACGCUGGCCUUCAUCAUGGCCUAUUUCUACCUCUGCGACCGCACGAACUUCUUCAUGAAGGAGAACAAGUACUACUCGGAGUUCAGCUUCUGGAUCCCCGUGGGCUACGUGUUUGCGCUGGGGCUGUUCUUCACCGAGGACAGUCGCUUCACCAAGGUCCUGCACCGCGACGAGACGGACGAGCUGAAGGGCUGGAUGCAGCUGGUGAUCCUCGUUUAUCACAUGACGGGCGCCGAGCGCGUGCUGCCCAUCCACAUGCACAUCAAGGUCCUGAUCAGCGGCUAUCUCUUCCUCUCGGGUUACGGCCACUUCACCUACAUGUGGCAAACGGGCAACGCGGGUCUCGUGCGCUUCUUCCAGAUCCUAUUCCGGCUGAACUUCAUCACCAUCCUGCUGUGCCUGUGCAUGAAUCGUCCCUAUCAAUUCUACUACUUCGUGCCGCUCAUCAGCUUCUGGUUCUGCCUCAUCUACGUCGUCCUGGCGCUGCCGCCGCACAUCACGGCCGCCACGGUGGACGCCAAUCCGUACCAGUACCUCUACCUGGCCGCCAAGUUUGUCAGCCUGCUUGCGGUCAGCACGAUUUUCUACAUGUCGGAGGUCUUCUUCGAGCGCAUCUUCGUCACGCGGCCCUGGAAGGCGCUCUUCGUCACCACGGACGACGACAUCCACGAGUGGUGGUACCGCUGGAAGCUUGACAGGUACACAAUCACGUCGGGAAUGGUGUUCGCGGCGGUGUUUCACGUGGCGCAGAAGUACACGGUGUUCGAUGACAACAAUCACGGGAAUCUCUUCUCGCGACGCAUCUCGCUGUCCGCCACGCUGGCGGCCGUGGGCGGCGUGGGCUUCUACACCACAUUCUCCUUCCUGUGCCGCAACGAACAGGAGUGCGAGGAGAUCCACUCAUACAUCGUGUUCAUCCCCGUGAUCGGCUACAUUGUGCUGCGCAACAUCUCGGGCAUCCUGCGCACGCGCUACUCCAGCUUCUUCGCCUGGUUCGGGCGCAUCUCGCUGGAGCUGUUUAUCUGCCAGUAUCACAUCUGGCUGGCGGCGGAUCGCCACGGCGUGCUGGUGCUGCUGCCCGGCUUCCCCACGCUCAACGUCAUCAUCACGAGCUUCAUCUUCAUCUGCGUCUCGCACGAGGUGCACCGCCUCACACUCGUGCUGCUGCCGUACGCUGUGCCCAGCGACUGGAAGCUGGCCGCGCGCAACUUCGUGGCCUUCCUCAUCGUCCUCAUCCCCAUCGCGCGCUACGACGGCAUGUUCUAGACACAACUCAGGUAAUUCCAUCUCUUUGCAGAGAGCAACUCUCGCGAUUACUCAACAGCUUACGCCGAAUUGCACAAUUUGAUAGUGAUUUUUUAGGCCGGCCACCUUUUUACUUUUGAAUCUAGUUUAAGUGUUUAUUUCUGUGCGAAUGACCAAAGCACUUUUUCACGAGGAAGUCACAAGAGAGUGCUAAUAAAAAUGGGCUUAUUCAAA